AUGUCGUCCUCCCUCCCCCUCCAGAUCGCGGAAACAAUCCAGACAGCCUCCAUAAAACGCAAUCCAUCACCAGCUCACGAUCUCAAUCCCUCAACCACCGCCUCACAAAAGGAGCCUGUCCAAUACUCCCGUCGACCGCCGGUAUCAGAUUCCUCCGUCGAGAAAUAUGCCUACGAUGAAGAUGAUGCAAUCGAUGAGGACGACGAAGAAGACAUUCCAUACUCCGUGCUAAAGCCAACGCCCCGGCGCUCAAGCUUUGGUCCGCUGCCAGAUUUGAGGUUUGAGCAGAGCUAUUUAGCAAGCAUUGCGGGGGCGGAUAGCAGAUGGAAAGUGCUUUAUAUUACGGCGCGGGAUCAGGUACUGUUACCAUUAGUCCAAGGCAUGGUAUGGAGUCUGGCUCUUCACGGAUGGCGAUAUUGGAAUCGAUCAGCACAAUUGAGCGGUACCUCUGUCGGAGCGAAGAUCAGAAGAUGGUGGUAUAAGACCAACAAUUGGAAGUUGCCUAAGGACUUGAAGAAUAUAGGUGAUAAGAAGCUUGCGGCAGAUGUGGGAGAUGUAAGUAGACUUUGGUUCUUGAGCCUUAGGUGGAGGUUGGGGAGUGUGGAACCUUGGAGCUUUUGCUGA